AUGAACCCAAGCCAGGCCUACUUUGUCCCAGACAGCCAGCAUCAAGUGGAGCCGUCCUGUAGUUGUCAACAUCAGAAACAUACACUUGGCAAGCCUGCUCGACAAUGGAGCUCUUCUUCAGACAACUUAAUUGAGGGCUGGACUGCCGUUAACUCGUCUCCACGUACCCAGUUCCCCUCACCUCUCUUGGUCACUCCUCGAGCGAAUGAAGCCUAUCAGACCAACAACCAUGAUGACAACUCUUCAUCGGCCUGCAUCUUUGCCCACUGUCUGAUCCCAGGACGAGGCGAGCCCAUCCUCAACGUUGUCGUCGGCAUCUCUCUCGACACUGGAUCCAUCACCUUUGUUGGGCCCCAGUCAGAGCUGCCUCGAUCUCUCGCGUCACUACCGCGAGUGUCGGUGCAAUAUCUUCUUCCGGGUCUUUGGGAUUGUCAUACCCACUUUAUCGGGACCGUCAAUGUCGACUUUCCUGACAUGGUCUUGACUCACCCUGCAACGCUGGGGGCUGCCGUCACGCGCGGGCUCCACCAAACCCUCAUGGCUGGGUUUACUUCAGUGAGAGAUGUGGGCUCUUACGCGACCGAGGCGGCCCCUCUGAUAGAAAGUGGCAUUAUCCUUGGGCCAAACAUCUUUGGAGCGGGUGCUGCUAUCGGCAUUACCGGCGGAAGCUGUGACGCUUGCACUCUCCCACCUGACUAUGUCUACUCGCGUCAGGGCACUUCAGGUAGCAACCCUUGGCCGGGUGUUAGUGGUCUUGUAAUAGCCGAUGGAGUGGAUGAAUGUCGCAAGGCCGUCCGCCAACAGAUCAGACGAGGGGCUCGCUGUAUCAAGGUGGUUGCGACCGGUGGUGUCCUCAGCACUCAGGACGACCCACAGUACAGGCAAUAUUCCGAUGCAGAGCUCGCUGCUUUGGUUGACGAAGCCAAUAUCCAGGGCCGGUCUGUGGCUAUUCACGCCCACGGAAAGGAUGGUAUCAUGGCAGCCGUCAGGGCCGGCGCUCACACGAUCGAGCAUGGAAGCUAUAUCGACGAUGAGGCAGCAGAGCUGAUGGCAGAAAAGGGCGUCACGCUCGUGGCGACUCGACAUGUUGUCGAGUCGGGCCUCAAGAACCUCGACAAGCUCAACCCCCCUACAGCCAAGAAGAUGGUCAACAUUGCCGAGUCUCACUUGCGAGCUUACCAGACCGCCGUAUCUAAGGGGGUCAAGAUCGCGCUGGGCACCGACAUUGCCGGGUCUGAUCCGAAAACAGACACAGCCCAUGGUAAGAACGGCCAUGAAGUAGCUUAUGCUGUCAAGGCUGGUUUGACUCCGCUCCAGGCCAUCGAGGCUGGGACCAUCAACUCGGCCGAGACACUUGGAGCCCUUGCGCCCAAGAAGGGGCUUAUCCAGAAGGGUUGGGAUGCUGACCUGAUUGCUCUUGAGGAAAAUCCCUUGGAUAAUAUUCAUCUCUUUGACAGUCCAGAGAAUAUUCGAUAUGUCUGGAAGGGGGGACUUCUGGUCAAGUCGCCUCAGGGUCAACUGCUGUGGCCUACGAUGUCGUAA